CAACUCCACAGGAAAGCAAAGAAACUAAUCGAAAAGAGAAAAAAGAAAGCAGCAAGCAUAGCGAAAGCAGAGCGUGUACAGAAGAGACAGCUACACGAAAAAAUUGAAGCAGCUAAUAAAAUAAUUUUCUGACGAUCGACUCAAAUCUAUUGCUAUUGAAAAUACGCUACUUAACGGCUGUAUUUGUUAAUUUUAACCUAACCCAUCUAACUCCCUCUUUCCGGACUGAACUGUGUGCGCGUUCUUCCAACGCACAACUAAAGCUUCUUCAUGAUGUCGUCGGAUCAACAGUUCUUUCUAAAAUGGAACGACUUUCAAACAAAUAUGGUGACCUCGUUUCGUCACUUACGCGAUGAGAAGAGCUUCACAGAUGUAACGCUCGCCUGUGAGGGUCAAACCUGCAAAGCACAUAAAAUGGUGCUAUCUGCUUGCAGUCCCUACUUUAAGGCGCUUUUGGAGGAAAAUCCUUCGAAACAUCCCAUCAUCAUACUUAAAGAUGUGUCCUACAUCCACCUGCAGGCUAUCCUAGAGUUCAUGUAUGCCGGUGAAGUGAAUGUCUCUCAAGAGCAGCUGCCGGCCUUUCUCAAAACCGCCGAUCGUCUCAAAGUGAAAGGCCUAGCAGAGACACCCAGUUCAAUAAAACGAGAGGGUUGAUGGUAUUAAGUAAUAUCAACAAACAAAAAAUUUAUAACCGAACUAUAAACAAACUAUAUGCAAA